GAAGGCGAUGGCAGCUUUUCACCACAGCAACCCAACGGACAGGGACAUCAGGAGGGUUCUCCAAAAACUUCUAAUCAUGCUCUCUCUGGGAAUAAUCUGUGUCUCUCUUUUCUACUUCCUCGCGGGAUGCUGCGAGUCGGACAUAAGGGAAAACUCCAUCUCUCAAAGACCCGCCAGUGAGUUUCUUUUAUCAGGAUGGUAUCAUGACAGAAACGGGACGUUGUAUAAGGACGUUGUAAUGGUACAGAAUGAAGAUGGAUACCCAGUAGCCGUGGAGAGGAGCACAAUAACUCCGGUUUUGGAGACGAAUAACUCGGUUAAAGAUUUGAUGGCGACACGGCGGUUACCCCAAGCCCUCAUUAUAGGGGUAAAGAAGGGUGGCACGAGGGCUCUUUUGGAGUUUCUCAGGCUGCACCCGGACAUCCGCGCGCUGGGCUCUGAACCGCACUUCUUUGACCGGCAUUACGCACGAGGUUUGGACUGGUACAGGAGUAUGAUGCCCAGGGCCUUGGAUGGCCAGGUUGUCAUGGAGAAGACACCCCGUUAUUUUGUUACCGUGGAGACCCCGGGGCGUGUACACUCCAUGUCGCAUGACGUGAAGCUGAUUGUGGUGGUCCGAGACCCUGUGACCCGGGCCAUCUCUGACUACACCCAGAUCAUCUCCAAGACCCCCCACAUCCCCACCUUCGAGACUCUCGCCUUCAAGAACCGCACCAAUGGUGAGAUCGACUCUCUGUGGAGCCCUCUAUGGAUCGGACUGUACGCCCAGCACCUGGAGCGUUGGCUGGCCUGGUUCCCCCGGGCCCAGAUCCAUCUGGUCAGUGGGGAGGGCCUCAUCUCCGACCCAGCCGGAGAACUAGGAAAGGUCCAGGACUUUCUGGGCCUUCAGAGGAUUGUGACGGACAAGCACUUCUACUUCAAUAAGACUAAAGGUUUCCCCUGCCUGAAGAAACCGGAGGGCAGCAGCAAGCCCCACUGCCUGGGAAAGACGAAAGGCAGGACACACGCCUCCAUUGACCCGGAAGUGACCCGGAGACUUAGGGAGUUCUAUCGGCCACACAACCAGCGGUUCUACCAGAUGACUGGCCAGAACUUUGGAUGGCAAUGA